GUUGACAUGGCACCCGACCGUUCCCCGUCAAAUCUAUCAAUUUCACAGCUUCAUCUGGUUUGGCGAACACGAACUAGAUUGACAGGCGCGCCGGGAAGGUUUACUUGCCGCUUGCCAGAGAGUUUACUUUUUAAGGUGGGUUGCUCGGUCAGCUAGGAUUGGCUAAUGUGGAGCGUUAAAGGGUGGAGCAUUUUAAAGUGCAGCGACGUUUUAAACCUCAAGAUUUGGGGGCGGAGAGAAAACAGGGAACUCGGCUAACAACCACGGAGAGUGUCAUUCAAGGGUUAGCUCUAGCCUAUAUUCCGUCGUGGGGGGGAGAGGGGCAGGACACGCUCACUGCCAGCCCGGCGACGAGGUUGGGCCUGUGGUGCUUGCGACCCCCAGGAAACCAUGGAACUCGAGAAUAUCGUAGCCAACACUGUCCUCCUGAAGGCAAGGGAAGGAGGUGGCGGGAACAGAAAGGGCAAGAGCAAGAAGUGGAAACAGAUGCUUCAGUUCCCCCACAUCAGCCUGUGUGAAGAGCUACGCCAGACUACAGAGAAAGACUACCACAGUUUGUGUGAGAAGCAGCCCAUUGGUCAACUGUUGUUCCGCCAGUUCUGCGACACGCGGCCAGAGCUGAGGAGAUGUGUCAAGUUCCUGGACGCUGUGUCGGACUAUGAGGUGAGUCCCGAUGAGAAGAGGAAGGAGACUGGACUGGAGAUCCUCGACAAGUACCUCAACUCAACGUCUGAAGACCAUGUUCCGGAGGUGGUUGAGGAGCUGGUCCAGAAAUGUGCAGAGCGGCUACAACAGGAUGCCUGCAAGGAGCUCUUCCAGGAGAGCACCAAACUCAUCCACGACUACCUUAGUGUGGCACCUUUCGCAGACUACCUCGACAGCAUGUUCUUCAACCGCUUCCUACAGUGGAAAUGGCUAGAAAGACAACCCAUCACCAAAAACACAUUCCGACAGUACAGGGUAUUAGGAAAAGGAGGCUUUGGAGAGGUGUGUGCGUGUCAGGUGCGUGCCACGGGGAAGAUGUACGCGUGUAAGAAGCUGGAGAAGAAGCGGAUCAAGAAGAGGAAAGGGGAGUCCAUGGCCCUCAACGAGAAGCAGAUACUGGAGAAGGUCAACAGCAGAUUUGUGGUGAGUUUGGCGUAUGCGUACGAGACGAAGGAUGCGCUGUGUCUGGUGCUGACGCUGAUGAACGGCGGGGACCUGAAGUUCCACAUCUACCACAUGGGGGAGGCCGGCUUCACCGAGAGCAGAGCCCUCUUCUACGCCGCCGAGCUCUCCUGCGGCCUGCAGGACCUGCACCGAGAGAGGAUCGUAUACAGGGACCUGAAGCCAGAGAACAUUUUACUGGAUGACCAUGGCCACAUCCGGAUAUCAGACCUGGGGUUGGCUGUGCACAUCCCCGAGGGACAGACCAUCAAGGGCAGAGUAGGCACCGUAGGCUACAUGGCUCCGGAGGUGGUUAAGAAUGAGAGGUACACGUUCAGCCCAGACUGGUGGGCUCUGGGCUGCCUGCUGUACGAGAUGAUCGAGGGCCAGUCGCCGUUCCAGCAGCGAAAGAAGAAGAUCAAGCGAGAGGAGGUGGAGCGGCUGGUGCGGGAGGUGGAGGAGGAGUACUCUGCCAAGUUCUCAGAGGACGCCAAGUCACUCUGCAAGAUGUUGCUGGCCAAAGACCCCAGCGAGCGUCUGGGCUCCGGGGGAGCCUCGGAGGUCAAAGGUCAUGUGAUAUUCCGCUCCAUCAACUUCAAGCGGCUGGAGGCCGGCAUGCUGGAGGCACCCUUCAAACCCGAUCCCCAGGCCAUCUACUGUAAGGACGUGUUGGACAUUGAGCAGUUCUCCACAGUGAAGGGAGUGGAGCUGGAGCCCAAAGACGAAUCCUUCUACAGCAAGGUGUCCACAGGCAGUGUCUCCAUCCCCUGGCAGUACGAGAUGAUUGAGUCAGAUUGUUUUAAGGAGCUCAACAUCCUGAACCCGGAUGGCACUUUGCCCCCAGAUCUGGACUGGAGGGGUCAGCCCUCCCCCCCGCCCAAACAAGGCCUGCUGCAGAGACUGUUUGGCAGACAGGACUGCUGCGGUAACUGCAGUGACAGUGACGAGGAGCCUACGAGGCUGUGAGAGGUGCCGACUCCAUCACUCCUCCUGCAGCGACCCUUCGACAAGCCCCUCUGGAAACAUGCCCCCGCCCUCCUCAGCAGUGCCACUCCCAAAGCCUGCCCCAACCACACCCUAAAAACCUGCCCCAACCUUCCCCACCCUUAAGACCUGCCAACGGUACCCUACCCUGAGCCCUCAUCCUACGGUGCCCACCGACCUCCUAAACUGGGGCGUCCCACUAGAGAGGAUUCCAUUUGUUUACAAUAUUUGCACAUUUGUAUUUUUCAGAAAGAAAAACUAAACCUAAAAAAUCAACAAGAAAACAAAACAAAACAAAACACGAAAUAUUGGAAUGUAUAUUUUCACUCUGGCCAAGCUGUCCCUGUUGUGUACGAAUGGUACGGCCUACGUUUCGGCAACGACUAACCAAUCAAUGGGAGAUGGAAGAUCCCAUGUGUUGUGCAGUGGGGAGGACUGCUGUCAGAGCGUACUGUACCUGGAGCACAGUGCUACCGGGAGUGGACAGGCGUACUCUUAGCAGGUACGAUAAAUACAACAUGGCUUCACCUGAUGGCAGACCAGACUCCGCCCCAGUUGCCAUCCUACAAUGACUGGCGUCCCCCUGGCGACGCCCCCCACCGGCACCCCGUCCACCGUUCUGACCCCAUCCUCAUGGUGGAACAAAAGAAUUGCAAAAUCUUUGCUUAUAACUGCUGAUGAAAUCCACCAAUACCUUGUUAUUAUUGCAAUAAUGUGAUAAUAGCGUGGAAAUAGCAUUUUCCUAGCGCUACUUGGACGAUUUUCUCCAAGCCAUUGUUGGGUGGAAUUUCAAGAUAGUGCAGCCCCCUUUCAGGUGCUGCCCCGGGCAAUUCUCCGGUUGGUCCCCCCCUAGGACUGCCACUGCUCCACCCAAUCAAGUGUGGCUGCACCUCUGGGGUCAACAACGCCCAGACAGGUGUAUUCUAACCUGAGGCAGGGUCUUGCAUUCACGUCCCGCCCCCUUCACCUCCUCAACUCCACCAACCUGCUCCCUCUGCACCGACCAUACCCGAUCUGGUUGUUGUCGCACUUGGGCGCCAUCCAUGGCGAGGUCAUAGCCUGCACCAGACACCAGGGCUACAUCUGAAUGGCCUGCAUCUGCAGCAAGAGCAGCGUUUUCGGGGGCCUGUGUCUGCACCAGAGCUGCAUCUGAUGAACGAGGGGCCUGCAUCUGCAGCAGAGCUGCAUCCUUUCUGCAUCCAUCCUGUCUCCAUCCAGGGUCUGGUUUUGGAUGCGAGCUCUUGCAGCGCUUCAGGGCCAGUGGUGUUUGGAUCUCCAAUACAGUUGAAGCAGGAGUUGACCUGUGGAUGCCUGAGCAGAGCCUGGAUGACAGCUGUGUUUGAGGGGCCAGUGUGUGUAUGAGUGUGUGCGUGUGUACAGUUGAGGGCCCAGUGUGUGUGUGUGUUUUGAUGGGGGGCAGUGAGUGUGUGUUUGGAGGGGGCCGAUGCGUGUCUGGGUUUAAGGGGGGGGCAGUGUGCGUCUCUGUAUUAGGGACCUGUGUUUGCCAUUGGGGCUUGGUGGGAGCUUGCAUUGUGUUUCUGCAUCGUAAGGGGACCUGUGUGUGAGUUUUCAAGGAGUCGAGAGUUGUACCCUGUUAACUACUGAAACAUAUUGCACAUUCUGUUCCAAUGGGAUGGGGGUAGGGGCUGGUCAACAGACGUGUGUCUGCUUGGAAAUAUUUUUUAUAUUUAUAUUUGUUCUUUUUAUAAAUAAAUGUAUAUUACACAAACACAUACACACAUAAAUGAUUAUGUAAUUCCAGACAAUCAAGACAAUACCAUGCGUGUGUAGUCAUGACAUAGAAGGUGCAUGAUGAAAAUGAAAUAAGACAUUUCAGAGACAGUGUUGCUUAUGUAUAUAGAAUUAACUGUAGAGAGUUCAUCCUAGCAUUUCCACGUACCAGAGGCUCACAAAUGUGGUUUUGUGCUCAUAGUAAAUGUGUCAGCGCGUGCGCGUGUGACUGUGUGUGUGCGUGCGUGCAUGUCGUGUGCAUGUGUGUGUGUGUGUGUGUGUGUGUGUCUGUGUCUGUGUGUCUGUGUGUCUGUGUGCGUGGCUGUAUACGUACCUGUGGGUGUGGGUUUUGUUUUUGUGUGUGUGUGUGUGUGUGUGUGUGUGUGUUUGUGUGUGUAUGUUUAUAGGGCUAUGUCCAAGAUCCUUUAGUCAAACCAAAUAGACUUGGUGUAAGUACAUACAGUAUAGGAGUGACAGGGUGCGCAGCCACUUGGACCACUCCACAGAUCAUGCUUGAGUUCUCUCUCUCUCUCUCUCUCUCUCUCUCUCUCUCUCUCUCUCUCUCUCUCUCUCUCUCUCUCUCUCUCUCUCUCUCUCUCUCCCUGGCCCACAUCCUCAUCUUCAUCCACCUCCUUUUCGUUUCUCUCUCCUGUUUCCCUGUCUCUUCUCAUCCAUCCAUCACCACCAUACACACUCUCUCUCACACACACACACACACAGGCACCUGGAUGAUGUAAAUACAGAGACUUUUCCGGCCAGUGUCAAACCCCCCACGCCCCUUGUAUGUUUUCUUCCUAUUUGCCUCAUUUGCCAAAAAGAACCUUUAAUGGAGUUCUCAUCAGGAACUAGUAGAUGCAUGUUUGACCAAACCACUUCUGUUUGUCCUUCAUUUCCUUGUUUUCACAUUUUGUCUUUCUAUGUUUUCCUGUGUGGGCUGUUUUUCAUUGUGUCUGAUGAAUAGAGGUGUACAGUAUGCACAGUAUGCGUGCCUGCGUGUGCCUGUCAUGCGUGAAGGUGCCUUUUAAUGUUACAAGGUACUUCGAUGAUUUUGUCCAAUUUGGAUUUGGGUGAUUUUUUUUUUUUCAUUUGUGGUGUGGACAUUCAUCCUGCCAGACACGGUGUUGUUGCAUGACCCAAGUCAGCCAGGUCCCUUUAGACCAGAUGAGUCAGUUUUACAUCUUGAUGGGAGUCCAUUGCACAUACUGUGCCAGGGCUGGACACAUGGACACGUGCUGGUGAAAUUAGAGUUUGGCUGGUAGAAAUGACAAAGCCACUUUGGCCCGUUACAUUAGGGAGUGCGUGUUUGGCUAGUGAGAUUAACGUCUAUUAGCCUUUUUGGCUAGUGAUGAAAAAAAGUGCAUUUUAGAGCUAUGUAUGCAUACCUCCAUGGAGCAGAUGGAAGCCUACCUGAAGGCAGAGGUGGCCAAAGUAAAAGUAGAAGUAAAUUUAUGGUGUUAAGUCCAACACAAGCACAUGAUACUACAUAGUGGUCACACCAGUUAUUCCAUUGUACCUAAUGAGGUGCCUAGGAAAAAAAACCCAGAAAAACCUGAGUGAUAAACCUGGCUACGGUAAGUUAACCUAUGUGAAGUGGUAAACAUGCUAAUAGGUAGCCCACAGGUGUCAUUUGGUUAAGGAAAUAAGGACUCCUGGCUCUUCUAUUAGAUGAUUUACCUCUACGUCUAAGGUUAAUUUAACCUGGAUUACUACUAUUACAGUAGGUUCUUGGCAUCCUCCCUGGGUCUUGGGUCAUCAUGAACACAUGUCCCAGCAGCACAGCAUCUCCAUAGUCCUCCCGUGCCGUUUCUCAACCACUGAAGCUCAAACGCAUUCCAGUCUGUUGUACUAUUCAGUGUAAAAAAUACUUCUUUUUACUUUUUUUGUUUAUUUAGCAAUAAUGGAUGAUUUAUGUGUAUAAAGACAAAAAAACAGAACCACCACAAUAACUUGCGCAGGACUGAACUGAAUUGAACUUCCCUUUUUUGAGUUUGAUGAUGUAUGUGUUUCUGAGCCAAGCUUGAACACUGUGAGGCCAUGCAGGACACAGCCAUAUCUCUCUCCCUCUCUCUCUGGACACAUAUCUCCCACAACGACACAUUGUCAUCUACAGGAAGACUUUCAUUUCCUCCCCAAAAGACUUGUGCCUACUACGCACCGUACCGCACCACAUUCAAAUCACAGACUCCGAAAGGACAGCAAUCUGACAAACAGGACACACUUCUAACCAACAAGACUUGUGUAAUCUAGUAUUUCUAUGCCCCCACAGGACUUGUGCUUACUACAGGAAUAUGGUAUUAGAGACAUCCCUCUCAUAGGUACUUAAAUCUACCUACAGGACUUUGUAUGUAUGUACCACGUAUGUAUGGACUCUUUUCAUAGGACUUUUAUCUCGCGAUGGGAGUUUUGCGUGCUACAAGACUCAAGCAAACAUCCCCCUGGAUCCACAUCUACCUAAUCUACUGGAUUUGUAUCGACAUCUACAGUGUGAACCAAUAUUUUGCCUAUUUCAGGAUUCUUUUUUUUUAUCUAUCAUAGGAUUCAAAUCUCCAACAGGACUCUUGGGUACUGUAGUACUGGCUCUAUGUCUCUAAAAGGGCACUUUUGCACACCCCUGUUGUUGGACAGGUGUGUUGGAUAUUACCCCAUUGAGGUUGCCAUUCAAGUUUAAGAAAGGUCCCGCACACAGUCCAUUCCACCAGAAUCAAACAUUGUGUUCAAGUUUAUUGUUGGUGGAAUGGACAAUGUCUGGGAUCUUUCUUACACUUGACUGGCUGAAUAUCUGCCACAGGAUCAUGGUUCCGCCAUGCACUGAGCUUUUAGCAUGUGUAUUUACUGUCUGUGUGUGUGUGUGCGUGUGCGUGUGCGUGUGCGUGUGCGUGUGUGU